AUUGCAACUUAAACUCAUUCUUCCUAGAGCAAAAUUUUCCCUUAAGCGCAAACACACAAACAUUAAGUUUAUAAGUGAGCCAAACAUCUCUCAAUUUUUUUAUUUUUUUUAAAAAUGUCAAUUUUGUGGUUCUCCAUAAUUGGUGUGUUUUGUAUACAAUUUAUUAAUUGUGUCCAUGGAAAUGAACAAGGAUGGAUUGAAGCUCAUGCAACUUUCUAUGGAGGUGGUGAUGCUUCCGGAACUAUGGGUGGAGCAUGUGGUUAUGGGAAUUUGUACAGUGAAGGAUAUGGUACAAACACAGCAGCAUUGAGUACAGCACUGUUCAAUAAUGGUUUGAGUUGUGGAUCUUGCUUUGAGCUUAAAUGUGUGGGUGAUUCGAAGUGGUGCCUUCCAGGCUCUAUAGUGGUAACUGCUACUAAUUUUUGCCCACCAAAUUUUGCCCUUCCGAAUAACGCUGGUGGGUGGUGCAAUCCUCCAUUGCACCACUUUGACCUGGCUCAGCCUGUUUUUCAAAAAAUGGCUCAGUACAGAGCUGGGAUUGUCCCUGUUGCUUACAGAAGAGUACCUUGCCAGAGAAAAGGCGGAAUGAGAUUCACAAUGAACGGUCACUCCUAUUUCAAUUUAGUGCUGGUGACGAACGUGGGAGGUUCAGGAGAUGUAAAUGCAGUUUCGAUUAAAGGUUCUAGAACAGGGUGGAUAGCAAUGUCACGCAAUUGGGGUCAAAAUUGGCAGAGCAAUGCAUUACUUGAUGGUCAAAUUCUAUCAUUUAAAGUAACUACAGGUGAUGGCCGCACUGUUUUCUGCAACAAUGCUAUCCCUGCUGGAUGGUCAUUUGGGAAAACUUACACAGGCGCACAGUUUACUUGAUUCCUUCAAUUUAGUGUUGCAACUAAGACUAUUACUACUAGUUAAUUAGUGUGGAUGAUGGGAAGAGCUUAUUUUUUAAAGUGGCUCUAAACCCUUUUUUUUUUUUUUUGUUAAAAGUAAAUUUAAGAUAUGAAGUUACGAGUUUGUGUCCUUGUGGUCAUUUUUAGGUAAAGGACAUAAAUUAGGGGCAGUGGUGGUGGAUUUUAUUGUCACCACCCGCCACAUUACUUCAUUAUUAUAGGGGAUAUUAGUUUAGAGGUAAAAGCUACUGUUCUGGUUUGAUGUUAUUUAUUGUGGUUCGUAUGAAAUUUAAAUUAUGACUUGG